GGGGCUGUGUCAGGCCCAGUCAGGCCCCCAGUCACCCCAGAGCCAGGAAGGAGGGAGGGCUGGGUCAGCCUGGCUGCUGUCUCCCCCACUGAGUGAGCACAGAGCCUUCCUCUAAGAACAGAGCACGUGGGGAGCCAGAGCAGGAAAGGCUGCCACCAGCCCUCUCCACCACCAAAAGGACAGACAGACAGUGGGCAGAAGCCCCUGGACUCUCUCUUCAGGCUCUGGGCUCUCACUCUGCUCAGCCCCCUGUCUCCAUGACCUUCAAUGACAUCCUCCUGCAGGUGGGAGGGGUGGGCCGCUUCCAGUGGGCCCAGUUCAUCCUGAUAGCCAUCCCAAUGCUGCUGGUAGCGUCCCACAACACCAUACAGAACUUCACAGCUGCCAUCCCUGGCCAUCACUGCCGCCCACCUCCCUCUGCCAACAUGAGUGGGGACGGCUCGGAAGCUGAGGAGCUGUGGGCAUGGCUGCCCCACAAUGAGCAGGGCAAGCCCGAAUCAUGCCUGCGCUUCACCACCCCCCAAAGGGGGCUACGCUGGCCCAAUGAUACAGGGCCCAACAGGACCGGAGCCACCGAGGCCUGCAUCGACGGCUGGACCUAUGACCACAGCACCUUCUCUGCCACCAUUGUGACUGAGUGGGACCUCGUCUGCAGUCACAGAGCCCUGCGCCAGCUGAGCCAGUCCUUAUACAUGUGUGGGGUGUUCGUCGGUGCUUAUGUGUUUGGGAACCUGGCAGACAGGCUGGGCCGCCGGAAGAUCUUGAUCUGGGCAUACCUGCAGACAGCUGUGACGGGCACUUGCACUGCCUUCUCUCCCAAUUUCAGCGCCUAUUGCGUCUUCCGAUUUCUGACUGGCGUUGCUGUGUCGGGCAUGACGCUCAACUGCCUUACACUGAACGUGGAGUGGAUGCCCAUCCACACCCGGGCCACAGUGGGCACUCUGAUUGGUUACACCUACAGCUUAGGGCAGUUUGUCCUGGCGGGCUGUGCUUAUGCUGUCCCCCACUGGCGUUGGCUGCAGUUCCUUACCUCCGCGCCCUUCUUUAUCUUCUUCCUCUACUCCUGGUUCUACAUUGAAUCCGCACGAUGGUACUCCUCCAUCGGCAGGCUGGACCUGACGCUCCAGGCACUACGGAAGGUGUCCUGGAUCAACGGAAAGCAGGACGAAGGGGAAAAACUGAGCGUGGAGGUGCUCCAGGUAAAACUGCACAACGAGAUGACCGUAGGCAAGAGCAAAUACACCACCUUGGACUUGGUGCGUGUACCAACACUCCGACGCCUCUUCUGCUGCCUCUCCCUGACUUGGUUUGCCACCAGCUUUGCCUACUAUGGGCUGGUCAUGGACCUGCAGUAUUUUGGAACCAACAUCUACCUGACCCAAGUGAUCUUUGGGGCAGUGGACUUACCAGCCAAACUCAUAGUCUUUCUAAUCAUUAACUACCUUGGCCGACGCCCCGCACAAAUGGCCUCCCUGCUGCUGGCCGGCACAUCCAUCUUGGUCAAUACUUUACUGCCAAAAGACUGGGGGAUCAUAAGGACUUCCCUGGCAGUCCUGGGGAAGGGCUGUCUGGCUGCCUCCUUCAACUCCGCUUUCCUCUACACUGGGGAGCUCUAUCCCACGGUGAUUCGGCAGACAGGCCUGGGCAUGGGCAGCCUGAUGGCCCGGGUGGGCAGCAUCAUUAGCCCUCUGGUGAAUAUGACUGGAGAGCUCUACCCUGCAUUGCCCUCUAUCAUCUAUGGAGCUGUCCCCAUUGCUGGUAGUGCUGUCACCUUCUUUCUGCCAGAGACACUCAACAUGCCUUUGCCAGAUAGUGUGGAAGACCUGAAAGUCAGGCGUCGAGGGAAAAAGAAACAGAAGGAAGAGGGAGAGCAGACAAUCCCCCUGCAGACGCUGAAAAAGGACGGUGUCUGAAGAUGGCCAGGAAGUCGGUCUUCAGAGGGUCCCAUCCACUUUCUCUCUCCUCUUCCCACUUCCUAGCAACAAGAGCUAUUUCAGAUGGAGCCUGAAGCUUCUCUGGGCAGGGCUGGGCCGGACCAAGAGCAGAGAGGAAAACUGAAGGGACCUGAGACUGGAACAGGGAAAAUCCUGCCCUUCCCCCAGCUCCCAGACCUUUCCUUAUGCUCCACUCCCUCCCCAUGCCCAUAUGCCAUCCUGGGCCCCAUUAUUAAAAGGUUUGCCUGUGUUCACA